AGAGAAAUAUAUUUACACUAGAACAUAAACAUAAUGUUUGCAAGAAUAACAUAGACAUACAUAAGAAUUGCCUAUAAACACAAUUUACUUGUAUAUACACAUUCAUCCAAAAUACGUGCAAGACUACAUAUUUAAUAACACAAUCAUACAUACACUUAUAUACAUGGGCAUAUAUGCACACAUACACACCAGGAUAUAUAUACCCGUAAAAAUUAUGCUUACAGAAGGAGGUAGAUACCCAUGUAUUCAUAUACAUGCGUGCAGUUUAUACACUAAUGGCGUAAUUAAUAAUAAGUCGUCGCAGAGCGAUAUUCUAUAUUUAUGAUAAAGGGUUACUCGAAUCUAUUAGUCGACAGUAUAAUUAUAUUUUUAAAUGCCGUUGAAGAUGAGGUCAUUGUGACUUUCAGCUAGGGAUACAUCACCGUAGAUAAUAUUUUGUAUUGUACAUGUAGUUCCAGCUUUUAUAAUGUUAGCGAACAUGAUAUUUCUGGGAAUAUUGUAAUUGGGACAUUCAAGAAAAAAGUGUAUGUUGUUUUCACAUGGGUUCCACAAGAGCAGGACAAAGUAUCAGAUAAAUUUACUUUAAAGAGGUCUGCAUUUAGGGAACUGCAAGAAUGCCUAAGGCGUGUGUGUAAAAUAUAAGCUCUUCGGUUGCCGAUUGAGAAGUAUGGAGGUGGAGCUGCAAUGGUUGUUUUUAUCAUAUGUUUAAAAUUUGAUAAUGAUGUUGCACUUCUGUAUUCAGGGAGUAACUCAUUCCAUAAUUUGAUUGAAGAAGGUAUAAAUGAUUGUUGGUAUGUAACUGUUCGUGCAUGCGGCAAAUUCAGAUUGUUCUGAUUUCGUAACCCAUAUCUACUAAUAGUUGAUACUUUGGGUGGUAACGUGUCAUGUAAAUACGAUGGACAUAGGUUAUUAACAAUACUGUAGAUUGUACAAAGUUUUUUAUUUUUCCUUCUAUAAGACAGUGAUUCUCAUCCUGUCUCAAAAUAUAAACUCCAACUUGAGGAGGAUUUAGGGAGACCUCUUACUAUGCGAGCGGCUUCGAGUUGAAUCAUUUCAAGUUUUUCGGAAUUUUCUUGACUGCAGUUAUCCCAUACCUCUGAAGCAUAUUCUACUAUAGGCCUUAUGAAAACAAAAUAGACUUUGGACAGGGUUUGUCUGUCAAAUAAAUAUUUAACGGUUCUUAACGAACAAAUCAUUUUGGAAGCUGAGCGGCAAAUGUUAUCAACGUGAAUUGUCCACUUCAUAUCACGAGAGAGAGCAACGCCCAGAUGUUUGUGCGAGAUAGAUGCGCUAAGUGCGGUAUUGUUAUACAUAAUAUCUGCAGUUCGGUUUUUACAAUGAGUGAACAGAAUAAAUGUUGUUUUGUCCGGGUUAAACUUAACUAGCCAUCUAUUGGCCCAGGUAUUGAGAAGCUCUAGAUCACUGUUUAAUCUGUGUUCUAUCAUUUGUAAGUGAAGAGAUGAUGUACCAAUGGAAGUAUCGUCUGCAAAAAGGCGAGUAGAAUUCACUAGAUUAUCAGCGGGAUCGUUCAUGUAGACUAAAAACAAAAAAGGGACCUAAUACCGAGCCCUGGGGGACACCGGCUCUGGUGAAUUUCAAAGAUGAAAAGCUGCCAUUUACAAAACCUUUUGUCUCCUCUGACUAAUCCUCUGACUAAUAUAGUCUCCUAACCACAGUAAUAGCUUGCCCGUUACACCGUAUUUUUGUAAUUUAUGAAGUAAUCUUUUAUGCCAAACUCUGUCAAUUGCUUUCGAUAUAUCACAGAAUACCAUACAAUAGCAUUCGUGCUUGUCAACAGAUGAGACAAUAUCAUUUUUAUAAAUUUCUAUUAAUUGUGAGGUAGUAGAAUGUCCUGGUACAAAGCCGGAUUGUACAGGAGACUAUUCAUAUUGAAAUAGUUUUAAAAGCGUUUAAGAAAACUAAUCUCUCCUGUAGUUUUCCAAGAACAGAUAACAAGCUAAUUGGUCUGUAGUUUGAGGGUAGUGCUUUGUCACCUUUCUUGUAUAAUGGCAUGACGUGAGCAAGUUUCCAGCUUUCUGGAAAGAUUGCUUCUUUUAAAGAUCGAUUGAAAAUUAUACAUAAUGGGAUGGCAAUACUGUCAGCCAAGGGUUUUAAAAGUCUAUGGUUUAUAUUAUCAGGUCCGCUUGAUUUAUUGCAUGGUAGUAACGUUAUGAGAUCGCUUAUUUUUGAUUCAGUAACUGUGAUAUCCGAGAGAGAGGUUUCACAACGUUGACUGAAAUCCGGAAGUGGCUGAUUGCCGUCAUCAACAUCACAAAUAGAAACAAAAUAAUUAUUGAGUACAUCAGCCUUUUCGACAUCGGUAAAUGCUGUGGGUUUGUCAAGGUCGGUACAAAGAGGGGGGAUACAUGCUGGUGAAUUAGCAUUUUUGAUGAUGAAUCUCAAUAAUUUCCAGUAGUUGGUACUGUUUGAGUUCAGAUGUGUUUCCAACAAGCCGUUGAUGUUGCUAUAGUAUUUUUCUUUGGCUAUCUUUUUAUAUGAUUAUGUAAUACACAAACGGGAUACAUUUUAAACACUUAUAUAUUUUUUAUUUUGUACAUAUUUUACCAUACAAAUCUAUUUAAAAAUAAAUAUCUAUAUAAUUCCAGUGGGCUAGGCGUUCAUUAAUGGCUCCAUUGAUUUAUAUAUACCACGACAAUACCUGACCAGUUUAGCCACGACGCCACUACGUGCAUUAACCCUAGACACGUGACGUGGAAAUGAAAUCGGAAUCUAAACGGAAAUUGAUAGUAGUGGAGUUAUGUUGACAGUGAUCUAACAUUUUCCCUCAGCAAUGUUUGUUUUAGCUGGCAGGCAUUUACUGGUUUGUUUAUUGCAAUUCAUGGAAUAUUUAAUAUGGUUGAGCUGCAUAUCGUUAGAGACAAAAUUUAUAUUGGUUCUAACGUCUUCAUUCUUUCAAUGCGACAUUUGAGUACAGGUACUAGUACCUUUGUCAAGCACGUGUAAUCACUUGUUAUACCGAAACAACAUUGACAAAUUUAAAAGAUGAAAUCUAUGAAAAUACAGCUUCAAGCUAAAAUAAAUUGUAUCACUCAACUAAUGUCAUCGAUUGCAUUCAAAACGUGAACGCCAUAGUAUUAUCAAACUCAAUUAUCGAUCGAAACAGGUCGUAAAAGGUCAAAUAGUGGGGAACAUUGUACUGAAAAUCAGUGUCGACACCAGGUGUUCGCGAAUAGUGAGUGAGUGAGUAUGGUUUUACGCCGCUUUUAGCAAUAUUCCAGCAAUAUCACGGCGGGGGACACCAGAAAUGGGCUUCAAACAUUGAACCCAUGUCGGGAAUCGAACCCGGGUCUUCGGCGUGACGAGCGAACGCUUUAACCUCUAGGCUACCCGACCGCCUGUUCGCGAAUAGGGUAAGUUGAUCCUGCUCCUCCGGUGGCGCCCGACCUACAUACACUUUUUUUUAUAAAAAUAGUUGAUGCGACGUUGAAUUCUAACUCAGUCAAGUGUUUGGUUUGGCACACACAUGACUGUGUAUAUUCUGAGCUAGAUAUGUAUGGCGCUCUUUGAAAUCAUGCUAGAAAGAGCAUGCUCGAUUGUGCACAUAGGAAUUUUUAUUAAAUCGCAGUGCUGCUUACAUGCAAUGGUGAUGUUAUCUGAGGCUCUAACUACAAACUUUUCAGAUUGUGUAUGACAUCUUUGGACAAAAUGGGUUUGUUCCAUUUCUGUUUCCUUUUUGUCAGUGUCUGCAUUCUACCCAUGACAACGCCAUGCACUGACAUAGCCAGAUUACAGUGCCCGGAACCUGACUGAUUGUUAUACCCGGACAUUCAAACACAACACGAAACAAGCACUGGAUUCCAGGGUGUCCGCCCGCUUGCCUCAGCACAGAGUGGUUUCCCUGUCCACUGCUCACAAGCUACAGUUCUGUGUAUGCCAGAAGACACAUAUUGUGUAUAUUGAUGGCGGGGAUCACCGUCGACUUCUUCUUCAUCCUAGGGGUGAUUCUCGCCUCUGCCAUAGCCGUCACUUGCGCUUUCACCAUCAAGCGACGAAAGCUACAUUUCACACAUAACUCGUCCGGGGAUGUAAGCGUAACUUCAAAAUCAUCUCAAGAGAGGAACCCAAAUUCUACUCAUGCAUCGGAACCGUUUUACGGCAACGUGGACAACUUGAAGGCGGAUCCUAAGCAACCGUCACUUUCAGCUGGCGUCUCGCCAAGCCAUAAUAACACUGGAAGGACAAAAGGAACAGAUACACCUCCCGCUCCUCGUCGACACAACACAUGUCCAGAAAAUACAUAUUCUGAAUCUCAGGACGAUACACAAGACACAGGACUCUACUCAAACUACUCUGUCUACAGAUCGCAUGGCAGUGCACGACUCGCGCAGCCAGAUCACCACCCCCACCUGGAUACACUGCACUGUCCUAUGGAAGCACAACCUAGAGUUCAGAGAGAAAGUACCAUCUAUAUUAAUACCAACGUCCGUUAUCAGGGGAAUAAUGCACCUGCAGCUCAAGCGGACCACUACACUUACUUAGACCCUUUGCAUCGUUCAUCAACGAACAGUAUUCCGUCUGAAGGUGACGAGUAUGAUCUCCCAUACGCGUUUCUAGGCAACCGUGCUGUACCCGUUCCGAAGCAUGAUCACUAUAUUAAUAUACCGAGUGCAAAACAGAGAGCUAAGAAGAAGCAAAAAAGAAAGCGUUAAUUCAGAACUCGACACAUUUAAACGCUGAACGACUACUGAGUCAUCACACAUAGGAUGGAUGAGUCCUCAGCAUCUUCAGCGAGGUAGAUCAUAGCACGACUGCAUGCGCUCAUUAGCCAUGUGUAUACAUUUCAAUGUAAUUAAAUCUGCUGGUAUUUUCUACCAUAUGUAUGUUAGGAUACAUUAUUUAUCAUCCAAAACUGGCUCCCACAGGAUAUAUCGCUUGGGUGAGAUCAAGUUAUAUCUACACUGUAGAUAUCGCUGCAAUGAAAUUGCAUUACAAAGCUUUGCAGACCAUUGUG